CAUUAUUCUUAUCUUCCUUUUCCUUAAACUCAAAACUUCAUCAUUUAGCUAAUAAUCCUUCAAUUAACACACACCUUAAACAUGUUUAAAACCAAGACUACUAAAACCACCCAUCAACAACAACAACAACCUGAAAACCCACCUGCCGUCAAAUUUUUGGGCGUCCGUCGGCGCCCAUGGGGUCGCUACGCAGCUGAAAUACGAGACCCGUCAACUAAAGAGCGACACUGGCUCGGCACCUUUGACACGGCCGAAGAGGCAGCACUAGCUUACGACAAAGCUGCUCGGUCCAUGCGCGGUCCUCGCGCACGGACCAACUUUGUCUAUUCAGACAUGCCUCCUGGCUCGUCCGUUACAUCUAUUCCGUGCCCCGAUGAACCACACGUAAUAAAUCAUUCUAAAAAAAGUACCCAUCUACAAAUACACGUACAACCAGAAUUUUCUAUAUCUUCUAUCAAUCAAUUUGAUUGUGCAGUACCAACCGCGCAAGUCUGGUCUUCAUCUUCAUCGUACCAGAAUAAUAAUAAUAAUAAUGAUAAUAAUAAUAAUAAUUAUUCUUACAUGUAUUCUAAUUAUAAUGCUUGUAAUGAUGAGGGUUUUAGUUAUAACAAUAAUAAUAAUAAUAAUAAUAAUAAUAAUGGGGGUUUAAAUGGAAAUGAUGAAAGUAAGGAGAUAGAACUUCCUCCAUUACCCGAUGAGUAUACGGGUGAAUUGAAUCAGGGUUCAUGGGUUGACCCGUUUGAUGGUGGAGCUACGUCAGAUUACAUGGGAUUUGACUCUACAAUGGCAGGUUAUGUACAUAGUCCAUUGUUUAGUUCAAUGCCUCCCGUUGAACAUGGGCUUGACCCCUUUAAUUUGGGUUCCUCUUCUUAUUUCUUUUAAUAUUUUUUUUUAUUUUUAUUUGGUAGGUUAGUAAAUUCCUAAACACAGAAAAAAUAAUUAUUUUUUUAUAGGCAGUAAGAAUCAAAUUACAACGUCAUUUUAAAUAAUUUUUUUCUUAUAAUCUCAUUUUCAAAUUUAUUAUGCCUUUUUAUUUUAACCGUUUAUUUCUAUUAUCAUUUAUUUUUUAUCUUAUUUUUCAAUUUAAUUUUCUUUUACACAAAAUUUCACUUAUUUUACUACGAGUACAAUAUAAUAGGGAGAGAGGGAGUACUUCUCUAAAUUGCUACUAUAUGUUUCACCAUUAUGACUUUAUCAUUUUUUCAAAUUUUAGGUUAUUUAUGUUUUUUGGCGGGGAUUUGGGUUGCUUAUUUGAAAUCUUGGAUUUCGAAUAUGUGUAAUUAUAUAUGUGUGUUGUGUACUUUUUGAAGUUUUGUUGUUUGGGCUUGGGCCAAAUGAUGCCUCUCAGGGCCCAUACUGUAUUUGGUCCUGAAGUAGUGCAUUUCAACUUUAUAUAAUAAUAGUAGUUCUUUUGUAUUUUCUAGUUGCUCCUCCUAUCUUUUACAUUUUACCAUCUCUUUAAAUUUACUAUUUUACAUAAUUAUUGUAGGAGACGGAUUAGAUAUAUAGGCUAAAUAAUCCAAUUAAUACAAAUUAAAGAGAAAAAAAUAUAUAAACUUCUUAUUUUAAGAUCGUCUCUUCGAGGACGGUCUCUCACAAUAAUAGUUGUACUAUUUUAUACAAAUCAAAAUAAGAAUUGUUUUGAUAUAAUGUUGUAAAUUGAAAAAGUUUGAGGGAGUGCUCCCAAAAUCAAUGCAACUACAAGUUUACAUAACCUAAAC